AUGAAGUUCUAUAUUGAUGAUUUGCCUGUGCUUUUCCCAUAUCCACGUAUAUAUCCUGAACAAUAUGCUUAUAUGUCAGAUAUCAAAAAGACACUAGAUGUUGGUGGUAACAGUAUAUUGGAAAUGCCUUCAGGUACUGGUAAAACCGUUUCAUUAUUAUCUUUAACAGUUGCCUACCAAAUGCAUUACCCAGAACAUAGAAAGAUUGUUUAUUGUUCACGUACCAUGUCAGAAAUUGAAAAAGCCUUGAUAGAAUUGCAUAAUUUGAUGAGCUAUAGAGCUAAAGAAUUAGGUUACGUGGAGGAUUUCAGAGGAUUAGGGUUAACUUCAAGAAAAAAUUUAUGCUUACAUCCAACAGUGAGCAAGGAAAAGAAAGGUUCGAUUGUUGAUGAAAAAUGUAGAAGAAUGACAUCAGGUAUGGCUAAAAGAAAAAUAGAACAAGGAGAAACAGAAAAUGUGGACUUGUGUGAAUUUCAUGAAAACCUAUAUGAAUUAGAACCAGAUAAUCUAGUUCCACCAGGUGUUUAUUCAUUUGACUCUUUAACAAAUUAUUGUAAAGAUCAAAAAACUUGUCCAUACUUCACAGUUCGUCGUAUGAUUCCAUUUUGUAAUAUCAUUAUUUAUUCAUACCAUUAUUUAUUAGAUCCAAAGAUUUCAGAAAGAGUUUCCAAGGAAUUGUCAAAAGAUGCAAUUGUUAUAUUUGAUGAAGCACAUAAUAUUGAUAACGUCUGUAUUGAAUCAUUAUCAUUGGAUUUGACAAAUGAUGUGUUGAAAAAAGCAGCCAAGGGUGCAAAUGGGUUAUCCAAAAGGAUUGAUGAUGUUAAAAAGACGGACUCUAGAAAAUUACAAGAAGAAUAUGAAAAACUAGUUUCUGGGUUGAGUGCUGCUGACAUUAUAAAUAAUGAACAACAAAUGUUGGAAACACCUGUGUUAUCUGACGAUUUACUGAAGGAGGCUGUUCCUGGUAAUAUCAGAAGAGCUGAACAUUUUGUUGCAUUUUUGAAAAGAUUUAUUGAAUAUUUGAAAACUAGGAUGAAAGUUUUACAUGUGAUAUCUGAAACUCCAACAUCAUUUUUACAACACGUGAAGCAAUUGACGUUCAUAGAAAGAAAGCCCCUAAGGUUUUGUUCCGAAAGAUUAUCUUUACUUGUUAGGACAUUGGAAAUCACAGAUAUUGAAGAUUAUAAUGCAUUGAAAGAUGUUGCGACAUUUGCCACAUUAGUUUCAACUUAUGAACAAGGUUUUGCAUUGAUUUUAGAACCUUACGAAACUGAGAAUGCUACAGUGCCAAAUCCAAUCCUAAGAUUCACAUGUCUUGAUGCUUCCAUUGCCAUAAAACCUAUAUUUGAUAGAUUUUCAUCUGUCAUUAUUACAUCAGGUACCAUCUCUCCAUUGGAUAUGUAUCCAAGAAUGUUGAAUUUUGAAACAGUUAUUCAAGAAUCUUAUACAAUGACAUUAGCCAAGAGAUCAUUUUUACCAAUGAUUGUUACAAAAGGUUCUGAUCAAGUUGCAAUUUCUUCAAGAUUUGAAAUUAGAAAUGAUCCAAGUAUUGUUAGAAACUAUGGGUCUUUAUUGAUUGAGUUUGCUAAAAUUACACCAGAUGGUAUGGUUGUUUUCUUCCCUUCGUAUCUUUAUAUGGAAUCUAUCAUUUCCAUGUGGCAAACUAUGGGUAUUUUAGAUGAAGUUUGGAAAUACAAAUUGAUUCUUGUGGAAACUCCUGAUGCUCAAGAAACUGCAUUAGCUCUAGAAACUUAUAGAACUGCUUGUUCAAAUGGGAGAGGUGCUAUUUUGUUAUCGGUUGCUCGUGGUAAAGUUUCUGAAGGUAUCGAUUUUGAUCAUCAUUACGGUCGUACAGUUCUUAUGAUCGGUAUUCCUUUCCAAUAUACUGAAUCAAGAAUUUUGAAGGCAAGAUUAGAGUUUUUGAGAGACCAUUACCAAAUUAGAGAAAAUGACUUUUUGUCAUUCGAUGCUAUGAGACAUGCUGCUCAAUGUCUAGGAAGAGUCUUAAGAGGUAAAGAUGACUACGGUAUCAUGGUGUUGGCUGAUCGUCGUUUUGCAAGAAAGAAAAGUCAACUACCAAAAUGGAUAGCUCAAGCUUUGAUGGAUGCUGACACGAAUCUAUCAACUGAUAUGGCAGUGGCUAAUGCCAAACAAUUUUUGAGAACUAUGGCACAACCAACAGAUCCAAAAGAUCAAGAAGGUGUUUCAGUGUGGGAUAUCGAACAAUUGCAUGAAUUCCAACAACAACAAACUUCAAGUGGUGUUGAAGAAGUUGACGAAGAUGGAGAUCAAGAGAUGCUUUCACGUGAAGAAGAAUUGGAACUUGCCAAUUUGUAA